GUGGACUUUCACAGAACACGUUCUUUAAUACCAUGACUAUUGUGUAUUUUAUCUGUUAAGCAAAACAAAUCCGGAUACUGACAAACCAUGGCGCCAAUCUACUUCGCUCUCGCGACUACGCUGACGGUACUGAUGACGUCAUACAGAGGACUUCAUGCUCAGAUGAUCGCGGAUGCCGAUCGUUUGUUAACCAACUUAAUGCAGGAUUACAAAAAAACUUUCCGGCCUGUGUAAAACCAAUCGAAACCGGUUUUUAUAAAAACUGAUUUAGAGCUCGUCAAAAUUCAAGAUUUUGACGAAGUUGACGAGAAAAUAUCGUUUACGGCGAUAUUGUACCUUUACUGGUACGAUUAGCGACUUGUUUGGGACCCCAAAGGUUAUGGUGGUAUUUCAACCCUCAAUAUUCACCUCAGUCAGAUUUGGGCUCCGGAAAUGGUCCAGACGAACAGUGUCGAGAAAAUAUACCGUCUUUCCGAGGAUUGGCACGCAGUGAGGGUCAAUAACUCGGGGUUUUGCUUAUAUUAUAUUGGCAACGUGUUUAGUUCGUCUUGCGAAGUCGACGUUACUUUCUAUCCAUUUGAUAAACAGAAAUGCGAGAUAGACUUCAUGCCGGCGUAUUACGAACCUACUAAGAUGGUUGUGCUUACGUUCAGGAAGGAAGCGUUAUUGACAUAUUACAACGAGAAUGGCGCAUGGGAUCUCGUGAGAACUGCUGCGAGAACAAAACUAGACAAUCGUAUUGUGUCUUUCGAGAUCGAGAUAGUGAGGAAGCCUGGAUUUGUGAUAAUAAAUAUGAUACUUCCCCUUUUAUUUAUGUCCGUGCUGAAUAUCCUGGUCUUUUUGAUCCCCACAGAGUGCGGAGAGCGCAUCACUUACUGCCUGACGGUGUUACUGUCUAUUGCGGUCAUCCUGACGCUUGUGGGAGACAACCUCCCGAAGAACUCGAGCCCGAUGUCAUUGUUCAGUUACUAUAUGUUUUCCUUGCUCGUAAUCAGCGUCGCCAUCACGGUCGCUGUCAUAUGCAGCCUGCACGUGUACCACAGAAGUGGCAAGCAACCGGGAACCGUGUGGAGGGCCAUCACCAGGGGCCUCAAAUGCUGCACUGUCCGGCGGUCUUCCGAUUUUCUGGACUCCACAAAGCUUGAAAGGGAGGAAAUACGCUUUAUGAAUGCAAUGCCGUACCCGACAUACACUCGUUGUGGAUUAAUCAUGGACCGACCAAUGUAUAUUUACGGGGGUUUGUCUUCAGAUUGUCCGGAGACCACAAAACGUCGGAGGGUAGAAACGCGCGACGAUGAAACGAGUAGCGCAUUCGUGGAAAUUACGUGGGCAGAUGUGAGCGUUGCCUUGGAUAAAAUAUUCUUCGUGUUUUUUGUUCUUACUUUAGUUACUGUAUCAGUGUUCUUUCUGUUGAUUAUUUACAACAGCACAACAAUAUGAAAUGGAACACUUAACGUAUGUAUUCCGAAAAAGGGACACAGAAACUUCGGCAUAAGGAUAUUGCUGUAAUUUAAAUGAAGUAUACAUAAUUUAAAAAGAGUCGCUUGCUCAGAAAUUUACGUUAACAUUUAUAUGUUUUUUUGUGACACUAUGUUUGACAUUUCCAUUUUAAGUGUUUGUGUCUGAAAUACGUUUUUUUACCUUUGGUAGCAAUUGUUUCGCAAAAAGAUGAUUAAUGCUUUCGAUGAGCUAGGAUGCACACCAUUGGUAUUUUGUUGUUGUUUUCGUCGGAAUACUUUUUAUCGUCAAUCUCACAAUGAAAUUAUUUAUUUUUUUAUGAAUUCGAAUGAUUUGGGAACAUUUUUUUUCAAUAUUAAACUUUUCUAUACUUUGCUAUCAUAUUGGAAAUGUGAUCUUGCGGAGAAUAAGUAGUCAUUGUAUCACGAUUGCGCCAGCCGUUUGUUUGAAUAUACCUUAUUUUCGCUCUAUAUGAUGCUUUUUGAAGGAACAAUGUACUAUUAUUAAAAAUUGAGAUAUACGUGUAGGCAAGUACAUGUUCAGUAUGAACCUUGAUUCGUGUGUAUCUGCUGGGCUAACAACCUUGAACGCAUAGCAUGUGACUCGAUGAAUUUAAUGCAGACCAUUUGCACGAUUGUUUUACAAAUCAAUUAUUCAUUUACGUUGAAUGUAUGUUUCCACAUCGAAAUCGAUGUCAGAGCAUAAAACUUACAUGUGUUGCAGUUAUUAAAUUUAUAUGGGUAUACACAACUAACAAACUGCUGAGGGUGAGAUUUAUGCCGAUAUGUAUUCGUGUGUGGACGAAAAACCAAAAUUUGAGCUUUAAUAUGUCAUAAUCUAUAUUAUAUAAGUCUAUACUUUAUGUACAUAAUUAUGCGACUUAAGCUAAAAUUAAGCAAACACGGAUGGUAUUAUUUGCAUUUAGUGUUGUAAUUGAACAUGUAUUUCGCGAAUCGAGUUUAAUUAAAAUGUUCCGCGUUCUGUGAAAACUGGGCGUCAUGCAUGUUUAUAAAAUGUCGUCCCAAGUGACCCUGUUCAGUCCUCACGGGCUUAUCAACCAUUAUCCGCUAUUAUAUAUUGUUGAUUUUUUUAUGUUUAAGAGGUUAUCUACUUAACGAAUAUCCAGUCCAUGCGGAACAUGACCGCACAUGAUAAUCUGAGAUGACACUUUUCGCACAUGAAUUUAACCCAGUUUUCCGACAGUUUUGCUAAAUUUUAAAAUGGUUAUUCUCAAAGAUUUUACACUUGGUACGAAAGUACGCGACAUUUGUUUUUAACUUUUCUUUCCCUUAACAAAAAGCUUUCCAAACAAUAUGUUACUGUAUUUAUAUAUUUGAAAUACAACUUACCAAAACAAUGGGAAUGAAAUGUUAUAUAAUAAGAAGUAGCUGAUAAUUAUUAAAAUUGAUCCGGGCCCGUACUAAGCAACCCGUUCUUAGACAUAAGAAAAAAGAAUAGACACUGACUUGAGACAUCCUUAUUCCAAGUUUGAAUAGAUGCUCGCUAUCAAUUCCGCCUAAUAUGUCAUAAGCAUAAUAUUUUAUACGAAGGUGUUAAAUGUCAAAUUCGACUAAACAAUUAAAGGGUCAUUUUCACAGAUUUUGGCAGAAUUAAAUAUCUGGCUUAUUUAGUAUUUUUCG